AUGGUCAUGUUUGAGUUCAUCAAGGUGGUGGCUGCUUCACUUCUUGGUUUUGGUUUAUAUUUGUUGUUGGAGAUAGUUUUCCCUCCACUUUGUUUCCCGAGAAGCAUUCCAACCAUACCAUUUUACGUGUCGUUUCUCAGUUCGUGGACUAAUCUAGACCAAAGAGAUAUCUACAAUACGUAUUUGAGAGAAAAAUUGGAGAAAUAUGGGGCGGUAAAGAUUUAUUUCGCGUCGAGAUGGAACAUACUAGUUACUAGACCUGAAUAUUUGAUCCAAGUUUUCAAACACGAAGACAUUUACGCAAAAAGUGGGAAUCACUUAAAGAUUCCUGGCUCUGUUUUGGCUAGUUACACUGGUGAUAAUGUUAUUUCAGCCCAUGGCCCAUUAUGGAAACUCUAUCGAGAAGUUGUAUCACUGAGCAUCCAGUUUCCCGAUUUGAGCACAAUACACCAAAAUACCAACAAAUUCUUAGAUUUAUUAGAACAAGAUUUGUCAACUAAAUCGUCAAUUUUGGUCAAUGACCUACUUCAACGAUAUACCUUGGCAAAUGUUGGUGAUUCGAUUUUAGGAGUGGAUUUCAAAGCAUUAGACGGUAAGGAAUCUAUAAUGCACCAGAAAAUCAAAUACAUUAAGCAACAAAUUUUCAAACCGUUUUUCAUGAACUUUCCCUAUAUUGAAAAUUUCCCCAUUCCUAGUCGAAUUAAAGCUAAGCGAGAGGUGGAGGGUUUUAGAAAUUGGUUUGGUCAAAAUCUCCUGUCAAAUUACAAUCCCGAGAGAGGAAACAGUGCUGCCACAAAGUUGGCUCAAGCAUUGUGUAACGAGAAAUUGACACAAAAACAGUUUCUUGACAACGCGAUUAUAAUAAUGGUUGCUGGACAUGAGAACCCCCUUUUGUUAAUGCUUUCCUUAUUGUUCGUUGUUGCAAAAUAUCAAGAUGUGCAAGAAUUAGUUCGUUCCGAAACAAAUCCAGAACAGCCAUUCUUGUGUUCGGUUAUUUACGAAACUUUGCGAUUGUUCCCUCCAUUGGGUCAAAUAAUAAAUCGGUGUACGACGUCACUGGUCUGCUUAGGUGAUAUACGUAUCCCCAGAGGGGUCUAUGUUGGGUACAAUAAUAUGGCUACAGGAAGGGACAGGUCUGUAUGGGGGGCUGAUGCCGAUCAGUUUAAACCCAGCAGGUGGGGCACAACCAUUUCUGAAAUAAACACCAAUUACUCUUCAUCGAAAAGAUUGGCUAAAUUACCUGCUUUUCAUGGUCGUAAGCGGGCUUGUUUAGGGGAGAAAUUUGCGUUACAUGAGUCCAAGUUGCUUCUUACUUCUGUUUUAGAAAAGUACAAGGUUAGUCUAGAUGAGAAUUGGCAGGAAAAGAUAACUUCUGCAGGACCAGUUGGUCCAUUGGGAAUGAAGUUGAAAUUUGAGAAAGUCUAG